UUUUUUUUUUUUUUUUUUUUUUUUGCGUGUGUCUCAGAUCAGGCCGACUGAAUUCCAUCCGACUAUGCCCUCAUGGAUCACACGAGGUGGUGAUGUGUCGGUUGUCAUUGGUUCCUUUCCCCUCGUCUGGAAUGGAUGAUUUAUUUUAUUAUUAUUAUUUAUUUUCUUGUUCAACCCCGAUUAAUUCCAAGGCCAACCAGACAGACAGUUAUGAUGCGAUGAUGCUAUAAUUAAUUAUUAUUGGAAUGUGCAGAUGAGGAAGAUGCUCUAUCCUUGCCAGCUUAGGGUGGUUCCUUUUGGGAAUAAUGCUGCGACUCAGUUUUGGGGCUACAAUAUUUCCACUGUGAUUGUAGCUAGCCUUGUCACCCUCGACAUUGGCCAGAGAGGGUUAUUGUUGGCUCAGCUCCUUCUAGCACUGCCUGAUGAUCCUCCAAGCCAUCCGACAGGAUUGAGAGACAGACAGAGAGAGAGAGAGAGAGAGGCAGACACCAAAAUCCUUCAACGGCUAUGGAUCGAUCCAACUGUCCGACUCACUAUGUUGGCGACUGCCCAGAAAGGGUAAGGAAUUCGUGGCUGUUGGUCCCGCCUGGGCUGAUUGGGCCAAGAGCUCCUUUCCAACACAUGGAGAACAUGCAUGG